AUGCCGCCAGCCGGAGGUGGCAAUAUCAAGGUGGUGGUGAGAGUGCGGCCUUUCAACGGCAGAGGUGAGCACAGAACACCCGAGCUUCCGAGCGACGCCGCGAACGCUCUUGCAAAGGUGGAUCGCGGCUCGAAAUGUAUCGUCGAAAUGAGAGAUAACCAGACGGUGCUGAGCUCACCGCAUACGUCUGGGAAAGAUGCAGGCCCAAAAGUGUUUGCGUUCGACAAGUCCUACUGGUCAUUUGAGAAAAAAGACAAGCACUAUGCGGGACAGGACAGCCUAUUCGACGACCUGGGCCAGCCGCUUCUGGACAAUGCGUUCCAAGGCUACAACAACUGUAUCUUUGCGUACGGCCAGACGGGAUCCGGAAAGUCUUAUUCCAUGAUGGGCUACGGUAAAGAAAUCGGUAUCAUCCCAAAUAUUUGCCAAGAUAUGUUCAGGAGGAUAUCGCAGCUACAGGAGGACAAGACGCUCAAGUGCACCGUCGAGGUGUCCUAUCUUGAGAUCUACAACGAACGGGUCCGCGAUCUGCUCAACCCAGCGAACAAAGGAAACCUCAAGGUCCGAGAACAUCCGUCGACCGGACCCUACGUCGAAGAUCUGGCCAAGCUUGUCGUGGGCAGCUUUCAGGAGAUUGAACACCUCAUGGACGAAGGAAACAAGGCGCGAACAGUCGCCGCGACCAACAUGAACGAAACUUCCAGUCGAAGCCACGCGGUUUUCACCCUGAUGCUGACACAGAAAAAGUUGGACGUGGAAACAAAGAUGGAGAUGGAAAAAGUGGCCAAGAUCAGUCUUGUGGAUCUGGCUGGUUCUGAAAGAGCGACUUCAACGGGCGCAACGGGUGCGCGUCUCAAGGAGGGUGCCGAGAUCAACAGGUCUCUCUCAUCCCUGGGCCGUGUCAUCUCUGCGCUGGCAGAUCUCUCGACCGGAAAGAAGAAGAAAGGCACCGGCUCCUCAGUGCCGUACAGAGACAGUGUGUUGACCUGGCUGCUCAAAGACUCACUGGGUGGCAACAGUAUGACGGCCAUGAUUGCUGCCAUCAGUCCAGCAGACAUCAAUUACGACGAAACACUCAGUACGCUACGCUAUGCGGAUUCCGCCAAGCGGAUCAAGAACCACGCGGUGGUCAACGAGGAUGCAAAUGCAAGAAUGAUCCGAGAGCUCAAAGAGGAGCUCGCGCUGCUCCGAGGUCAACUUGGAGGAGGAAGCAGCGGCACAGCCGCCGUUGGCUCAUCGGUAACCGCAGAAGAAGUCUACCCCGAAGGCACACCCUUGGAGAAGCAAUUUGUUUCAAUCACGUCUAGUGACGGUGCGGUCAAGAAGGUGUCGAAAGCAGAGAUUGCCGAGCAGCUGAACCAGAGCGAAAAGUUAUUGACAGACCUGAACCAGACCUGGGAGCAGAAGCUGGCCAAGACCGAAGAGGUCCACAAGGAGCGUGAGGCUGCCCUCGAGGAACUCGGCAUCAGCAUCGAAAAGGGGUUCAUUGGUCUUUCCACGCCAAAGAAAAUGCCCCAUUUGGUGAACUUGUCCGACGAUCCGCUACUGGCCGAGUGUUUGGUGUACAACCUCAAACCCGGCACCACGACGGUCGGCAACAUGGACACCAAUGCGGAUAACCAGGCCAAUAUCCGACUUAAUGGCACACGGAUCCUUCAUGACCACUGCGCGUUCGACAAUGCCGCUGACGGGACUGUUACCGUGGUGCCCAGGGAGGGCGCUUCAGUCAUGGUUAAUGGCAAGCGUAUCGACGAGCCUAAAAAGCUUCAUUCUGGCUACCGCGUGAUCUUGGGCGAUUUCCACAUCUUCAGAUUCAACAACCCGAUGGAGACUAAGGCCGAGCGGGCCGAUAAGAGCCUCUUACGCCAGUCUGUUGCGACCAGCACACUUCAAAACCUUGACCGAACUUCACCCACGCCCACGGCGAGCCCUCGACCAGGUCACACCAGGAACAUUAGUAUGGCGGGUUCUGACUUUGGAGACAGUCGGCCGGAGUCUCCAUUACCUUUCUCGCGCAAUGGACGAGACUCUGAUUGGAGUUUUGCCCGCAGAGAGGCAGCCGAGGCCAUCUUGGGCACCAACCAAAACUUGACGACGUUGACCGACGAGGAGCUGAAUACGCUCUUUGAGGAUGUCCAGAAAGCCAGAGCUGAGCGUGUCAAUGUGCGCGAUGGAGACGAAGACUCGGAAUCCGUCACAUCAUAUCCUAUUCGGGAAAAAUACCUAUCAGCGGGCACGAUCGACAAUUUCUCCCUGGACACUGCGCUCACGAUGCCAUCAACGCCCAAGCAAGGCGCAGUUGAUGACCAGCUAAGGGAAGCCCGGGAAGAGAUGCAGUCUCAGCUGGAGAAGCAGAGAGAAGAGUACCAGGACCAGCUCAAGACGGCCGAAGCUUCAAACGUCGAAGUUGAGGAGAUAAAGAAAGAGAAAGUGCGAAUGGAAGAGACGCUGAAGACCCUCAAAGCAGACAUGCAGAAGCAACUCGAGGUUCAGCGCCGGCAAUUUGAGGACAAGCUCGAGAAGAUGGAUCCCCUGAAACGAAAAAAGGCAAGCCCAAAGCUCUCGGAGGAAGAGCUCAAGCUCGCUGCUGAAGUGAUCCACCACUGGAAGAGCAAGAGACAUGUGCGGAUGGCCGAGGCCGUCCUCCAGCACGCGUCAACGCUCAAGGAAGCGCAAAUCAUGAGCAAUGAGCUUGACGAGCAUGUCGUAUUUCAAUUCACUGUUGUGGAUGUAGGCCACUCGCUCUGCUCGUCUUACGACAUGGUCCUGAACGGGCUCACGGGUGAGGGUGACGAUAUUGCCCUUGAGCAAGCACCAAAGCCCUGUAUCGGGGUGCGGGUCAUCGAUUAUAAGAACAGCGUCGUCCAUUUGUGGAGCGUGGAGAAGCUGCAUGAUCGGGUACGACAAAUGCGUCAGAUGCAUCAGUAUCUGGAUCAACCCGAAUACGCUCAGCAUCUCAGCCUGGACAACCCGUUCGUCGAGAAUUGUAUGCCGCAGUACACACUUGUCGGAGAAGUUGAUGUGCCGCUGCGGGCGGUCUUCGAGAGCCGAGUGCAGGACUUUGCAUUGGAUGUACUUUCUCCUCACACAUCCCAUGCCAUCGGCAUUAUCAGACUCUCGCUGGAGCCGUCGCAUGCUCGAGCCCCCACGAAUACCCUCAAGUUCAACGUGGUUAUGCACGAAAUGGUCGGUUUUGCUGAACGCGAGGGCACCGAGGUGCAUGCGCAGCUGUUCAUCCCUGGUGUGUCUGAAGAGGACGGAGUAACGACGACGCAGAUGAUCAAGGAUUUUGACGAAGGGCCGAUCCGCUUCGAGAGCGUCCACAGCAUGACGAUCCCACUGUUCAGCCCACCAACAAUUACGCUCAGGGCAGCAGUGUUUGCGAAAGUCUCGGCGAUGCAUCUCGACAAACUACUCAGCUGGGAUGACAUGCGCGAUGCCGUGCCUGUUGCCCAGGGCAAACCCAAGGGAGCUAGGAUCGCCGAGUCCCAAUUCUACACCGAGGAAAAGCAUGAUCUUCUGGCACGCAUCCAGCUCCUUGAACUCAACGAAGAAGGCCAGUAUGUCCCAGUAGAGGUCAUACAGACCAGCGAGAUGGAUGGUGGAACGUUUCAGCUUCACCAGGGCUUGCAACGACGCAUCACGAUCAAUCUGACGCACAGCUCCGGAGAUGCUCUGCCCUGGGAUGAUGCCAACUCUGUGAGAGUGGGUAAAAUCCAGCUGCUCGACCAAGCCGGGAAAUCUCCCGACAUGGGAACACCAUCCCCUGACAUUACGCUGAAACUUGCAUCGAAGCCCGUCUUCCGGAACAACGCAAAUGGCACGCGGGAUAUCACACUCACAGGCCAAUGGGACUCCAGUCUGCACAACUCUCUGCUUCUGGACAGAGUGACAGCAGAGAAGUACCGCGUGCAGAUGACAGUGGCCUGGGAGAUCAAGUCGGAGAAGUUUGUGGAGCCAAUGCGAUUCUCCUUGAACGUCUGCUGCCAGAUCAUGUCACGAUCAUACGUGCGUCAGACAUCAAUAUUGUCGUCCCUCUGGCAGAGCAUCCGGAUCGUCCAUUCCGCAACUGGCAUCUUCACCCUUUCGGUCCGUCCAGCACCGAUCAAGCGGGCUGGGGAUCUCUGGAGAAUGAACAGCCAGCACGAUUACGUCAAGGGAGAGGAACAGUUGACGACCUGGACGCCGCGUGGCGUGUCUCUUGUGAGUGACUAUAUCAUAGCGAGGAAGAAGAGACGUCGCAUUACGGAGAUUGGGGCGGUCCAGCUUCUUCUCAACCAGAUUGGCCUACCAGAACCGCGUGAACAGGCUGCCGACAAUGUCUCUCUCGUGGAUUCGAUCCCGGACGAGCUGAUUCGACCGAACGAUGAUGACCUUCUCAAUGAUACGCCUGAAAGCUCGCAAAUACCAGUCGACGACGAUGAAGACAUCGAGGACGAUGUCCAAGAGGUGGACGGCACGGAUACACCUGCGCCAGUCGAGCCGGCUGAAGACGAUUCUGGCUUCUCGGACCAGGAGAAGACACUGCUGGAGCGGUGCGUCAAACUUUGGACCAGGUAUCCGGACCCCCUGCUUCGCAUCCUGAGCCCGACGAACACGGACCCGCCAGCGAAUGGCGUCACAAGCGAGUCGGCCGCGCCACGAACUCUCGUGACGACGAUCAUCAAGGUGCCGAAGAAUCCCAAGGUCCUUAAAGGAGGUUAUCUUCUGGUGCCCAACAGCAACUCGACGCGCUGGGUCAAGCGUUUUGUCGAACUUCGAAGGCCGUACCUGCACAUUCAUUCGGCCGCAGACGGCGACGAAGUGGGCAUCGUCAGUCUCCGGAACUCCCGGAUCGACAGCCAACCAGGGGUGGUAGGCUUGUUGCAAGGCAGCCCCAACGGCCAAGAGGACGCCCACGGUAGCGGCGAGGACUUCCGGCCGAGCCAUAGGCGCACUUCAUCCGGACGGAUCAUCUCGACCAUCUGGACGGGUAGCGGCGGCGGAGGAUCCAGCGGAGGGAUGCAGAGACUCAGCGAACGGCUGCAGGCGGGCGUGUUCGCCAUCUAUGCGACGGACAACACGUGGCUCUUUGCGGCUCGCAGUGAACGCGACAAGAUGGACUGGAUCUUCCGAAUCGACCAGAGCUACGUGUCGAGCAACGGGAGCGCCAACGACAGCGGGACGACGAGUCCAGCCGGGGGCAGCUACAACGACGGUGCCGGAGACUACUGA